AUUCAUCAUCACAUCUCUCGUUCACAAGCAACAAACUUAGCAAAUAUGGGUACUCUCUACCAAGGUCCCCCUGAUACAGCCAUACAUGAUCUUAAGGUCACCAUCCAAGAAUCCCAGCUAGUUUUUCCGGCACAAGAAACACAAAGCAAAUCCAUGUUCUUGUCAAAUAUAGAUCAGGUCCUCAACUUCAACGUCCAAACCGUCCAUUUCUUCCCCGCCAACCUUGAAUUUCCACCAAAAAUUGUGGCAGAUAGGUUGAGAACAGCACUAAGCAAUGUGUUAGUGCCAUAUGAUUUCUUGGCUGGAAGGAUAAAGUUGAAUCCUCAAUCAGGUCGCCUGGAGAUAGAUUGCAAUUCUGCAGGUGCCGUUUUCGCGGUGGCUUCUAGCGAGUUUGCUCUGGAUGACAUUGGAGAUGUGGUGUAUCCAAACCCUGCUUUCGGGCAACUUAUAGUCCAGAAAGUAGACGCCAUUGGAUCAGAUGAUCAGCCACUCUGCAUUAUUCAGCUAACAUCAUUUAAAUGCGGUGGUUUUGCAAUGGGCGUGUCCACCAACCAUGCCAUGCUUGAUGGUCUGAGCUUCAAAACCUUCCUACAAAAUUUAGCCUCACAAGCUUUUGACGACAAACCCAUGGCAAUUGUACCAUACAAUGAUCGUACCGUGCUAGCAGCAAGAUCACCGCCUCAAGUCACAUUCCCUCAUCCAGAAUUGCUCAAACUCAAGAUUCCAAUUGGCGAAGAACCAAGCCAUCCAACCUUUGACUGCCCACAAGAGGAACUUGCCUUCAAAAUCUUCCGGCUCAGCUCAGACCACAUCAGUUACUUGAAGGAGAAGGCAAAAGCUAGCGGGCCCGCCGCCGCAGCCACCGCGACAACAAAUUACAAGAUCACUGGCUUUAACGUCGUAACAGCUCAUGUUUGGAGGUGCAAAGCAUUGUCAUGCGACUCAGAGGAGGGUCUAGAGAGGUUGUCCACCGUGCUUUACGCGGUCGAUAUCCGUCCACGGAUGAAGCCGCCGCUUCCCGCUUCAUACACGGGCAAUGCGGUGCUGACCGCCUACGCCACAGCGAAAUGCAGGGAGCUGGAGGAAGGGCCGUUUUCGAAGCUGGUGGCGAUGGUGUCGGAGGGGGCUGCAAGGAUGACCGAUGAGUAUGCGAGGUCUGCCAUCGACUGGGGAGAGGUUUACAAAGGGUUCCCGCACGGGGAGUUUCUGAUAUCAUCAUGGUGGAGGUUAGGCUUUGCUGAAAUGGAAUAUCCGUGGGGGAAACCAAGGUAUAGCUGCCCGGUGGUGCAUCACAGGAAAGAUAUCAUUUUGCUCUUCCCUGAUAUUGAUGCUGCCAAUGCUAAUGCAGUCAAUGUUUUGGUUGCUCUUCCUGGGAAGGAGAUGGAGAAGUUUCAAGCACUCUUUCACAAAUUAUUGGAGGAUAAUUGAACAAGGAAAGUGUGAUGAAUUGUCGGAAUUAAUGUAUGAUAUAUAUUGGGGUGUAUGUAUAGCAUAAUACUAGAAGAAUCUUAUUAUGGAUUUGGAGAAUUUUGUUCAAAGGAAUGAUGCAUGAUGAACUAAAUGUAUGGUUUGCAUUUGUAUUUCGUGAUUUGCAAACUCAAAAGAUGAAAGAAAAUAAAAAAAAAAAAAAGAAGAAGCAUAUGUACUUGAAAAGGAUAUGUCCAUUCCUGUUCGGACUCUAUCUAUAAAUGGAUUUCCUUCUCUUGCAAUUUUAGGAUCA